AUGAACAACACAACCGUUACAACCCUCGCAUUUUCCUCGAAUCCCCAGCCCUCGACGUCGAAUACCCUCGGCACCCCUACCGCAACCCAAAACCAGAUGCAAACUCAGAGCCAGCCGCAACCGGCAAGUAGCCAGCCGCAACAAUUCGCAGCCGCUCAAGGCACCACGCAGACGGCGCAGGCGCAGUCACAGUCACAUCCGACGCACUAUCCACAUCAAAUAAGCGGCAAUGGCGGUCCCACGGCGACAGCACCCUUCCUGCGAGACUUUAGCCUAGUCGCCGAGGCUGCGAAACGAGCGCAGGUAGCCAUCGUGACGAGGGACCUCGAGGGGGUUUCGUUAUAA